UCCGGUAUUUAGAGUCUGGAUUUUCAGGUUCCACACAGUGUGAGUCGUGUACGUGUGUGUAUGCGUGUGUGAGCGCGCGCGCGUGUGUGUGUGUGUGUGUGUGUGUGUGUGUGUGAGGGAGAGAGACAGAGAGAGAGGCAGAGAGAGUGUGUGUAUUGUACGUGUACGUGAGAUAGUUUGCAGCGUGUGCUCGGUUACUGUCACCGCUUUGCACCGCGGGCAGGGGCUCCGUGUUCCUACAUGCAAGUUACCGUCGCGGCUCCACAAUCGUUGCCCAGCAAUGACCGAAAGCCCCGCGACCAAACCAGCCAACGGGGAAGUGUGUCAGCGCGUCAAGAACGGACUGAAGGCGGAGAGAAACGGCUUGGCCAAGAGCCUCCGCCGCUGCCAUGAGCGGCCGCCCAAGCACCACUGCCACCCCGACGACGACGAGGAGGAGGUGGAGGUCCACGCCUCGUCGAAUCCUGGCGGCCUGUACAACCGGCCCUUCGUCGAGUCUUUCGAGGAGACGCCCAUGCUGGUGGCAGUGCUCACCUACAUGGGCUACGGCAUCCUCACCAUCUUCGGCUACCUCCGCGACUUCCUCCGUCACUGGAAGAUCGAACGGUGCCACAUUGCCAGAGAGAAGGAGGAGCAAAAGGACUUUGUGCCACUCUACCAGGAUUUCGAGAACUUUUACACCCGAAACCUUUACAUGCGGAUAAGGGACAACUGGAACCGGCCCAUAUGCAGCGUCCCAGGAGCCAAGAUGGGCCUGAUGGAGCGAGCCUCCCACGACUACAACUGGACAUUUCAGUACACGGGUCGGGUGGUGCAGGAUGUGAUUAACUUGGGCUCGUAUAAUUACCUCGGCUUCGCUGAGAAUACCGGCCCGUGCGCUGACGCCGCCGCCGAGGUCACCACGAAGUACGGUGUGGGAGUUGCCAGCACCAGGCAGGAGAUUGGUAACCAGGACAUACAUGAGGAGAUGGAGAAACUGGUGGCUAAGUUCCUCGGCGUGGAGUCGGCCAUGGGGUUCGGGAUGGGCUUCGCGACCAACUCUAUGAACAUACCAGCACUGACUGGCAAGGGUUGCCUCAUUCUGAGUGAUGAGCUGAACCAUGCCUCUCUGGUCCUGGGAGCCAGACUCUCAGGGUCCACCAUCAGAGUCUUCAAACAUAACAAUAUGCAGAGCCUUGAAAAACUGCUGAGGGAAGCCAUAGUCCACGGUCAGCCCAGGACGCACAGACCAUGGAAGAAGAUUCUUAUAGUGGUCGAGGGAAUUUACAGCAUGGAGGGCAGUAUAGUGCGCCUGCCCGAGGUGAUCGCCCUGAAGAAGCGCUACCGGGCCUACCUUUACCUAGACGAGGCCCACAGUAUAGGGGCCCUGGGUCCGAGGGGAAGAGGUGUGGUGGAUUACUUUGGCCUCGACCCUUGUGACGUGGACGUCAUGAUGGGCACCUUCACCAAGAGUUUUGGUGCUGCAGGGGGAUACAUUGCAGGGAAAAGGGAGCUCAUCGAGUACCUGCGCUCCCAUUCCCACAGUGCGGUCUACGCCACCUCCAUGUCUCCUCCUGUGGUGGAGCAAAUCAUCACUUCUAUGAAGUGUAUUAUGGGCUGGGAUGGCACGACGAUAGGCCGUGAUCGCGUGCAGCAGCUGGCCGAGAACACAGUCUAUUUCCGCAAGAGGCUUCGAGAAAUGGGCUUCAUCAUCUACGGCAACAACGACUCUCCUGUCGUACCCAUGAUGCUCUACAUGCCGGCCAAGAUAGGUUUCCUCUUCAGAUCCACAACCUGUGAAAAAGGAUUUGCAGGAUGGGCCUUUAUUGAACCGGCGCUGUGUCCUCAUGCCGUGUCGGCUGUGUCUCCUUGUGUGUGUCCUUCCAGAGCGUUUGGCAGGGAGAUGCUGAAGAGGAACAUCGGGGUGGUGGUCGUGGGCUUCCCUGCUACGCCCAUCAUCGAGUCGAGAGCGCGAUUCUGCAUCUCUGCCGCCCACUCCAAACACAUGCUCGACCGGGCUUUGAGUAUCAUCAGCGAGGUAGGAGACCUUCUUCAGCUCAAGUACUCCCGUUACAGAAUACAGCCGUCGUUGGCACGGCCCUUUGACGAUAACGUGUAUGAGGACAUUGACGACUGAUGAACCGCUCUUCGGCUUAAAGUGGCGUAAACCGGAACAACCCCAGAAAACACAGAACGGGUCAAGAUGGAUCACUAGUCUUCCACAAGGACCGAGACGUGCGUACGUGCCCAUCGUCACUAGCUUGCCAUAACGUAACCACUCAACAACAGAAAAACAUUCUUGACUCUCUCUACUUUGCCUUACCUAAACACGCAGAACUCGUGGUGAACACACUGAACAUAGCACCUCUGCUUUUUUCUGUGUACUUUUUAUUCAGUUUAUAUCAUUUUUUUGUCUAAGAAUUUUCCGUGUGUGUAUGUUUGUGUUCUAUUUACUUAUAUUUGUAGCCAUGCACAUCAAGCGCAAAUGUGCUAAGAAUUGUGAGUCGCGAGUUUAUUUUCAUAACAUGGAUCUAAAGUGAAAGUGGGAUAAAGUCAGACUUUUAACCAUCAAUCAAUGACCAACAUCUUUCAUCCUGUACUUUUCAGAUCAGCGAUCAAUGCCAUUGGAAAAAAGCACUAGGUUUUGUACUGUUUGCACAGGUCUGUAUGAGUGAGAAGUUCGGCUCCGUUCAUUAGGAAGUUGCCGUACAAAGUUUCACUCAAGCUAAUUUACCGAAUGGAGCAGUCUAUUCAGGGCCGUUCUGAUUCCCUGCUUAUAAGACGUAGAGAUUAAACAUGCACCUUUCAGCCAGACCCAACAUUUCUGAACAACUUAGGUUUAGUCUUCCUUCCAGACAGACCGACUAGACAGAUUAAAACAUGGCACUUCAGAGCUAAUUAGACAGGACCUUUCAAAGUAGACAAUAUUUUUUUUCCUCUUAUAAAGAAAUAACUUGAAAUAUUCUGGGAAAUGACUACAUUCACUCUCUUGCUGAGAGUAAUUUCAGAAGCCAUUUUCAUGUCUGAAUGUGAAAUAUGAAGCUAGUCGGUUAGCUUCUCGUGGAAGUUAAAAGUCUAUCACUUCCUGUUGAGUUUCUGUUCAGUUUUUCAUGGAUUAACUACACACAAAUUAACAAAAUAAUGGAAAAAAUGCAGAGAAACCAAGCCACUGGUCCAGUUUUUAAGCUAAGCUAAGUGCUAGCAUACAGAAAACCGAGUAGUCUUCUCAACAAAAUUUCAAAAAAAACUACACACAAAACAAGUUAAUCGUAACAACGUAGAAGAUCCCGGCAAGAGGGGUUUCCCUACCUGUCAGUUUCAAAGCUAAGGUAACUGCUAGCUUCAAAUUCCGCAUACAUAUCAGGGUACUCUUCCCAGUAAAAUUCAAUAACUGCACACAAAUCAUGAAGUCGGUUAUAAAAAAUGUAGAGAAACUAAGCCACCGAUAUCCUUUGACAUUCAGUUUUUAAGCAACACCAACUGCAAGCUUCAAAUCACUGUAGGCCUUUGUAUAUUACUUUCCAAUAUACUUUCCAAAAUGUCACUUCUGCUUGAGUUUCACGUCAUUGAAGUGAUGAAUUAAACGUCUUAACUCCCGCCGUAGGAGCAUAAAUUACUUAAAAUGUUUUAACCUUUUCAUAUUCAUGCUUGAGAACUUUAUUUGCCUAAGCUGACACCAGCUCUGGGUCAGUACAACAGUGCCAAAAUGGACAUGAUCAGAGCUGAGCACCGAUAUCCCUGAUGUCGUGUUGUUCUUACGAGUGAAUUGCUCACACCUAUAGAAGCCACAUACACAGCCGCAUACACAGCCAUACACUCCGGUAAUAUAGAGUUGAUAUCUUCCGAACCAAAUGCACGCGGUAGUGGCAAAAUCACACACAUCUGUGUCCAUUCCAACGGGAUGAAUGAAACCUUUUGUUUGAGAUGUAACACAAAUCCAAUUCCAAAAAUUUUGUUGCUUCUUUUUUACAGGAAUACAAAAAUGUGCUUGAUAACAGCACGGCUUAUUGUCAUAUUUAGUUUCAAAUUAAAUCCAAACUCUAGAUUAAUUUGAUCUCACUGCUAUCCUUCUCUAUUUUGUACUGUCAUUGAUUAAAAAAUAUAUAUUUAUUUAUAGACCAAUGAAAAUAACACUUUUCAUUAAUUGAACUUAAAAAUAACAGCUUGUUAUUGGGGAAAACAGAAAAAAACACAUUUAUUUAAACUUGAAUGGGAAAACCUAUCCCUAAACAUCUGUUACACAUUACACUCUCCUUCCCACUACUAUGUUACCAUCAGUGAGAUUGUAUGUUUUUAAUUGAAUAUUUUGUUUAUAUGUACCACUUAAAGUCUUAUGUAUCACCUCAAAGAUGAACAGAACUUUCCUAGUCAGACUAGUCUUACUUUGUUUUUAACCGAAAGACCAAUAUCUGUGCGACAUCUGAUCUGUCUGAUACGUUGGUUUUAGAUAGUGGUGGUUUGGUGUCAGACAGGAGAACAUCUGAACGGUUCCAGCUAAGCUCCUCCAGUUGGCUCCGUCAUACGCCUUCGCCGAUGUCAGCGUUCUUUUAUUGCCACGUUCUGUGUCUGUGUUGUGACCCACAAUUCAUUCAUGACUUUAACCGGUGUGAAUGUGCGUGUUGCUUUCCUUCCACUUACAAACCCGCCUUUUAAACUCUAUCUUCGUUUAUCUUCACGUCGUGCUACUGAGCUUUGGGACACAGCGCUCCUCCUCAAAGAAGGCAGCUAUAAAAGAGAAUUAAGAAAAAAAAAAAAAACGUGUAGGAAUCCCACAUGCAUACAUUAACACUUGCAUGUGCUGACAAGUAUUGCGCAACCACUCGUGACUCACACUAAUGCAUGCACGGUAAAGAACUCAUCAUUUGACGCUGCUCCGCACCUCAGCUAGUGGUGCUCAAGGAUUUACACUGUUCUGCUUGAUGUGACUUAAGAUAUCCACUUCACUGAAGAGAAAGUUUGAGUUAACAUGUCCGUCUGGGGUCUAAAGAGCUUUUUUUAACUAUUAUUAUUAUUAUUAUUGUUAUUUUAUUGUUUAUUUGUUACUGUAAAUGGGAGAUGCUUGUAUAACGUGUCUUAUGGAAAUGUAAUUCUGUAGAAAAACCUGAAACUUGGAUCACAGGUGAUUGUCCACGAGCUCAUGGUUUAGUUAACAAUGUUCCUCACAGAUGUAGAAUGUAUUUUCUUGUUCACAGGGAGUAAAGAAAAAUGGUGACACUCAAAGCAGGCAUUUAAAACAUGUUUUAAUACCAAAUUUAAUCACGUCAAGCCCCAAGACCUUACAGCUCAAUAUCCAAAUGCUAUAGUGUGGAAUAUUAAAUCAGAACUCUACGGUACCCUAAACGAUAGCCUGAAAAUGACAGUGUCUUCUGUUUCAUUUUGUUUUUGAGAAUGCAGGAAAUGCACAAAAGCAGAAUUGACUACUAUGGACCAGGGCCCUGACUGUUUUCUACAAAGAUUAUAUUGUAUCACUUUAAAAUGACCCGGGAGUGAGUUCCAGUUACCCCACAUCAGAGACAAUUAUUUUCUAAUAUACAGUAGUGCCUUUUGAAGAAGAUGAUUUUCUAAGAAUUCUUAAUAAUAGAGUCAUAACUUGGGUUGUCUCAUCUUUCAGAGUCUUAUUUGAACUCUUAUACUACUUUGUCUUCAACGAUACUUAAAUACUUAAUUAUCACUGGGUGUGUUAUGUAUGUUGACUGCAUUUGAUUAUAGAAAAUGCACUAUUUGCAACAUAUCGGCAAAAUAUCAAUAUGUAAAGUGUCACCCAUGUCGGUUUUAUCAGUAGAUCAUUAAAACAAUGAAAACAGCCU